GAAGGGCGACAGCGAAUCGAGUGCACCGCCGUGUUAUUGUCCAAGACUACGGGAAGGCCUAUCUACAAAGCAAGCUCCUUAACUAGUUUUCUUGCUGCGUUCGAAGGCUGCCUUAACAGGUACGAGUCGUUACACACCAAGGCCGGUAUGUUCCAAGGCGAUAUCUCACCAAGCAACCUUAUGGUAAACGAAGAAGAUAACAACCCCUUAUAGCGCGCGUUCUUAAUCGACUUCGACCUUGUAAUCAGGGAGCAGCGGGGAAAUUCCUCUGGAGCAUGGGGGAAGACUAGCACACGGGCGUUUAUGGUAAUUAGGGCAUUCGUUCAUGCACGAUCUAGAGUUGUUCUUCUAGGUGCUAUUCUGGAUAUGCAUUCACUAUAACAGACCUAGUAAAGACAUUAGGCUAACAGAGUUUAAGUGUUGCAACUACGAGAGUAAUUGAAGCUAGCUAAGCUUAAGAAAGGCUUAAUGUUACGAGCUGUCCUCUUGACUGAGACCGAGGCUUACUUUCGUAAGGGGAGGCAAGGGGUGUGCUUCGGGCUAGGAUCUUCAGUGACAAAGAGGUGGACGCAAUGAUACUGUAAAUCGCAGGUCGCUGUAGCAAUUUGAUAAAACAAAGCAAUAACUACGAGGAGCCGUAAGGAGCGAGCUCCUCCUGGUUAUAUACAGGUGCCAUCUUGGCUGGAUUAGGUGC